AUGUAUAAACACAAAAAACGCAUAGUUACUAAUUUUAUUAAAAAAUCAAAACAACGCUACUUUCAAGAUUCGAUUGAAGAAAACAAAGAUGACCCUAAAGGAAUAUGGAAAGCUCUAAAGCAAUUAGCAAAAACACAAAAACCAUCAAUUAAAAUAGCAGAGCUGACUGACGAUCACGGAAAUAAGUACACGGAGCCACAGGAAAUAUCCGAAAUCAUGAAUAAUUUCUUUAUUAACAUCUUAAAACAAGUGGGAGACAACACGACUCAAGCUGGAGAAUUUCUUCAUGAACACGUAAUUGCGGAGUUUGUAUCAUCGAAGAUCUUAGACGAUCAAGCCCAGUUUAGCAUUCCUGAAAUAACGAGCAAAGAUGUCCAAGAAAUAAUAGAUAAACUGUCAAAUAAUAAAGCUAUAGGUUCUGAUGGAAUAAGUGUGAAACUCCUUAAACUGAUUGCACCGGUUUUUUGCGAACCAUUAACUAAAUUGUUAAAUUACUCGAUAGCCACCAAUACAUUUCCAUCUGCAUGGAAGAUGGCUCGUGUUACCCCCCUUUAUAAAGAUGGAGAACGUGAUCAGAGUAAUAACUACCGACCAAUAUCAGUAUUAUCUGUAUUGUCGAAGAUUCUUGAAAAGCACGUGGCCAAAUCCUUAAUGAAUUAUCUUGUAAACAACAACUUAUUAUAUGAACUACAAUCUGCAUUUCGAGAAGGUCAUUCUACAGAAUCAGCGUUGAUAAAACUUACUGAUCAAAUAUUGUCAAACAUGGAUCAAGAUAAUGUUACUGGCGUCUUGUUUAUAGACUUUAAGAAGGCGUUUGACAUUGUGGACCAUCAAAUUAUGCUAAAGAAACUUAAACUAUACAGAGCUAGUGAGUCUACCCUUCAAUGGUUUAAAUCGUAUCUUACCAACCGAUCGCAAUUCGUUACAAUUGAUGGUAAACAAUCUCGACCACAAUUUGUAACACACGGCGUACCUCAGGGAUCUGUAUUGGGCCCUAUAUUGUUCCUUCUGUUUGUCAACGAUAUUCCCCUUCAUGUUUCAAAUUCGAACUUAGAUAUAUUUGCAGAUGACACAACGUUAUCAGCUAGUACACAGUGGACAAAUAUCCCUUCCAUGGUUCAAGAUUUGAAAAAAGACCUCGAUAGUAUAUGUAAUUGGUCCAUUAACAACAAAAUGGUCAUCAAUACGGAAAAGACCAAAUCUAUGCUUGUUACCGGAAAGCGUUUAAGGAAGAAAAUACCAGACGAACAUCUUCAAAUGGAUCUUGCUUUAGGAAGUACGACAGUAUCCCAAGUAGAAAGUCAAAAACUCCUUGGUGUUAUAGUAGAUCAAGAUUUAGCAUAUGAAGAUCAUAUAGACAGUCUAUGUAAACAGAUCUCAAAACGACUCGGUCUGCUGAAGCACAUCAGUCCAUAUUUAAAAAAACAACAAAGAGAAAUUUAUUAUAAUGGGAUCAUUAAACCGAAGCUUAUGUAUGGAAGUGCUGUAUGGUCAUGUUGCAGUAAAGAGAAUCUUGACAGAAUACUGAAACUACAAAAGAGGGCAGCAAGGAUUAUUUUAAGCGUGGAAAAGACAACGCCUUCGAAAACUCUAUUUAAUGGGUUAAAUUGGAUUCCUUUCACUGAUGAACUAUUUAUUAGAAGAAGUAGUAUAGUUUACAAACGUGUAAAAGACUCAUACAACUGUCCUAUAUAUAUUAAUUCUAUGCUGGUGAGAAAUUCUGACAUCCACAAUCGAGAAACACGUUUUUCCAAGAUUAACAUGAUAUACCCCCGAUAUAAUCGAAUAACGGAGGGUGGAAAAACAUUCGCAGUGAGGGCUAUCAAAGACUGGAAUACUAUUAAUGUAAAAAUCAGGAAUUCUGCAAGCCUAUACAGUUUUAAACAUAGACUAUACAAGGAUUUUUUAGAUGCUCAAAAACUUUCCUAAUUUUAAAGUACUUAAAACAAUUAACUUUAAUUGUAGUUAUUAUAAUGAUUCUUCACUUCAUGUAUAUAUAUUUUAAUAUCCUUAGACUUAGAAAUACUGUAA